GGCGCUGGGCUUGGGCAUUUUUGUCCCAUUCUAAAACAAACAGCACAUACACAAGUCUCAUUAUCCCAAAAAUAUUUCCCCCUGCCAACACGUUUUGAUUCGGAAGCAGUUUCUUGCAUUAGUGAAUAAUGAGCAUCUGCUGUUUUCAGUCAUCGGGGAAACUGAGGAAGAAAGAAAUAAUUGAAAAAGAAUUUGGACAGCAAUAGCAGAGUCCAUCAUUUCUCUCGUACGGCGCAUAAUCCGUAGCCCCGUAGGUCCGCCACACGAAUAAAUAAAAGAAAAAAAUCAUUUUUCAGCUGGUGGCGGGGAGACUCAGUAGACGAGACGGUCGCCAUAGCUACGGCAGCCGAAUUUUCGUUGUCAACAACAGCAGCAGGAAUUUUUUUUUACUCUUGUGCCCAGUGGACAACAACAGCAGCAGCAACAAACCCACCAGACAAGUGGAAGUCGUUGUGUCGUGAGUGUUGGUGUCAAGUUGAGCUCCUGGACAUACGUACACAAUGGCAGCGACGCCCGUCAGCUUCAUGUCGACAGAUUCCCGGCCAGCCGGCUCCUCUUCACUCAGCCAGGUACAGCAGCAACAACAACAGCAACAACACGGGAGUAUAGUGGCCGCCGUCGUCGAAGUGGUUAGCAGUGGAGAAGUGGCCGCCCAAGUGGAAGCUUGCGAUCUAACCUUAUCUUCGGCCAGCAACAGCGCCGACAAUUUGGGAGUGCAGCACGGUAAUUCGGAUGCGGAUGCGGCUGCUGUUGCUGCACUAGAAGCGGAAGAAGCGGCCGAAGCCAAAGACGCUAGCGAAGAAGACAACAACACGGACCAUUCAUCGCCUAUCACGGUGACGGUCACGUCCGGCAGCACCCAAUACAUCGCCAUGGCGGCCGACGGUGCGGUAACUGACCGAUCCGUCUACACUUCUCUCACUCCCGUACACGCACCUGCGUCCGUCGUCGUGAGCGGGAACGAGACGCUGGGCGGUGAUUCGUCGGUUCACUCCACGUACGUCCAAUACGUCGACGGGUCUCCCGAUUCGGCUUUGUACGCGGCAACUAACGGGCAAAUGACUUAUCCGGCCUACACGGUGGUGGAAUCGGGCGCCAUGUACUCGCCCGGCAACAACCAAUACUACACGAGUGGCACUGGCAACAACAGCAUCACUUACUCACAAGUGACUCCGGGACAAUUGACGCAGACGAGUGGUGGGACAUUUCUGAUCCAGCAAGGCGUCGACGCCGACGGCCACACGCUCAUCACCACCACCACCAGAGCGUCUCCUCAAACGGAAGGAAACGGGUCCUCGUCCGCUUACCUAGUGACGGGCUCACAAUCUGGUCACAGCCCCUCGUCGGCCGCUGUCGGUGGAGGUGUCGAUUCCGAUUCCCAUUACAGUUUGGCCCACGCCACCCGAGUCUCGCCCGCCACCGUUCAAUGGCUCAUUGAUAAUUACGAGACGGCCGAAGGGGUGAGCCUCCCGCGGUCCACCCUCUACGCCCAUUACCUGAGGCACUGCAACGAGCACAAGCUGGAGCCCGUCAACGCCGCCUCCUUUGGCAAACUCAUCCGUUCCGUCUUUUUGGGAUUGAGGACCAGGCGACUGGGCACCAGAGGCAAUUCCAAGUACCACUAUUACGGCAUCCGGGUGAAACCGACGUCGUCGUUGAAUCAAAUGUCGGUCGAAGAGUCUAGUCCGCCUAGCGUCCAGCGGCACUCGACCAACGGCAAGCGCGGAGCCAAAGGAGGGGCUCACAGCAGCGGCGGGAGUAUGGACGCCACCUCUCCCACCCACCAGCAGUACCUGGGCGACGCUGCCGCCGCUUUGCCGCACUGGCCCGACUUGGAAGCCGAUCGCAAUCAACUGCCUCAGGGCAUCGACGUCGACGAUCUCCAGGCCUUUGUCACACUUUACCGCGAUCACUGCGAGGCCAUGCUGGACGCGGUCAUCAGCUUGCAGUUCAACACGGUGGAAACGAUCUGGCGCCACUUUUGGCGCAGCGCCAACAACAACGAGGCCGUCGACGUCGGCAUGGAAGAGGAUCCCGAAAAAAUCCUGCCAAAGGCUAAACUUUACGUCCUUUCGCGUUGCGAGCCCGUCUUGAUUUUCGUCAAGAAGGCCGACUACCAGUUCUAUCAGAAUCUGGUGGAAGUGCUCAUACCGGACGUCCUCAAGGAAAUCCCCGGCUCGUUCACCAGUUCCAUACGCAGUUUCGCCAAAUCGCUGGAGAAUUGGCUCUUGACGGCCAUGAACGGCUGUCCGGAAGACAUCAUCAUCGUCAAGGUGGCGGCCGUGAACGCCUUUUCGCAGACCCUGAGGCGCUACACUUCCCUGAACCAUUUGGCCCAGGCGGCCCGCGCCGUCCUGCACAAUCCGCCGCAAAUCACCCAGAUGCUGGCCGAUCUCAACCGCGUCGAUUUCCACAACAUCCAGGAGCAGGGUGCCUGGGUGUGCCGCUGCGAUCCUGAUCUGGUGGCCUGGCUGGAAAACGACUUUAAAGUCACGUUGCAUAAUCAGGCCACCCUGGAGCAGUGGGUCCAGUGGCUGGAGAGGGUCGUCGACCGCGUCAUCAAACCUUUUGAAAGCGGAUCCACCCAGGAGUUUGUCCGCGUUGCCCGCCAGUUUCUGCUCAAAUGGUCUUUUUAUAGUUCGAUGGUGAUCCGCGAUUUGACUCUGAGGUCGGCCGCCUCGUUCGGCUCUUUCCACUUGAUCCGGCUCCUCUACGACGAGUACAUUUUCUACCUGGUGGAGCACCGGGUGGCCAUGGUGACGGGCGAGACGCCCAUCGCCGUUAUGAGCGAAUUCGUCAACAUGACGCUGCGUCCCAAGGAUGAGGACGAGGCCGGCUCGGUCCCUCCGUCGCCCAGCGGAUCCUCGUCGGCUUCGCUCCACGUCGGUAUCUCGACCCCCCUGUCGGCCCAACAACAACACAAGUCCGGCGCCAACAACAAUAGUCAACAGCAGCAGCAUCCGCAAAUGGCCGACGGCGGCAGCAGCAGCUCCUCCUCCAACAGCGUCAAACGGCCCAAAUUGAGUUGAUUCCCUACCCUCCAUCUAACCAUUGCACCCACCCACUACUACAGCACCACCACCCUUUUACUACUACACCAUCAGCCCCCCAUUUGUGCGGAUGGAAGGAAGAGAUGAUCCGCCUGUAACUUUGUCAAAGAAAACAAAAGAAAAAACAGUUGAUUCUUCUUCUUCUCAUUCCCCUCCCCUCCUCUUUCGGUCAAUCAUUUUCCCUAGCACACACACACACAGACACACCCAAUGACCUCCUUAUCAUUCGGCUCCUUAAUCCCCCUCCGCCCGUCUCCUCCGCCAUGUUUUUCAUUUGCGUUGUAAUCAAUGGCAGAGUCGUGUCAGAUUUGAUCACUCACACACAACAACAACAAAACAACAACAACAACCACCAACAACACUUUUCUCUUCAUCAUCUUCUUCUCUUCCUGGCCGCGGCUCCAGCCAAUGUUUUUUUGGGGAGGUUUUCUGAGUACAUGUCACAUUAACUUUGAUUGCCGGGCGUGCGUGUGUGUGUGUUAGUGCGGUUGCGUUUCUCUCUUUUGUUUUGUUUGUUUUUUUCUUUUCCUCCAUCUUCCAGCGAUGAGAAUUGGGGAUGGAUGGAUGGAAGGGAGAAAAGAAGAAGAAGAAGAGAUCUAGUCUUGUAUGCGCUUCUUCCUUUUUCUUUUAUUUUUUCUUUUUCUUUUGGGUCCGCCAUUCUCCGUUUAAUUGUGGCCCAUUGUGCGUUCGUGUGUUUGCUGUGUGUGUGUGGGGGGGGGGGGGGCCUCUUGUGUUUUUUCUUUUUUUCUUGCCCGAUGGCGGGCAAUCGAAAAGUGGAUCCAGCAAAACUUGGUGGGAGCGGUUAGAUUCUUCUUUUUCUUCUUCUCUCCCCCGCGUUGCAUCUCUAUCGACUUUGUGUUGUUUGCUGGCCCGCCCGCUCGCCCACCACAGUUGAAAAGAAAUGGGACACGACGGGUGCACGCAGACGUGGGAAGUCGAAAGGGUGGGGUUGGGGGGUUGGAAAAAAAAGUGGUUGGAUUCCGCCCAUCACUCACUGAUGUGUGUGUGUGUGUCUCUUUUUUUUUUUAAUUCGCUAUCCCACACACACACGACACUCUGUCCGUCUUGUGGAUGGAAGUUAUGUAACCUCGUCCCCUCUCCCAUAAAAAAAAAAAAAUUGAUUUUUUUUAAAAUUAUUUUGUGGCAAAAUUCAAUUGAUUUUUCAUUUAACUUUGAUCAUUUUUUUUUCUCUGUGUGUCCACCCAUCAGAUCUCGAGCUCGUUCUUUCCAAUUUAUGUUUCCCGUUGCUGUGGGAACCGACAAACAAAUUUAAAAAAGGUAAAAAAAAAAAAAAAUCCAGAAGACAA